UGCGAAACUAAAUUCCAACGGUUAGGCGCACAAAUUCAAAUGAUCAGAUUUUACCAUUUCACGCGUAGAACUUAUUGCUGUUGAUUUGAAAGAAAUAAAGUGAGAAGGAAAGAAAUCCAAGAAUGUGGCGCCAGAGCACUUCUCAAGGUCAUAAAUCGGCAGCUCCUGCCCGUGUUUCCAAGACUUCACUGAGUAAACCAUCUGCAUCAAGAUUGCCAUCUAUGGACCGCUUGUCUUCUGGGACCUACUCCCAUAACAGUACUCGCUUUUCCUUACUGGGUCGUAUGUCCUUCGGUAAAUUUUCAACUGGCGGCAAAAGAAUGUCAUAUGGCGUUCAGCGUGGAAGAAUGGAACUUCGAGAUCCCAGACCUAUAACCUCGAAAGCCUACCAGCAACGAUGUGUGAAGUCUCUUCUGGAGUUCCUUGAAUCUUAUGGCUAUCCGCACAGUAUCACAGCAAAGACAUUAAUGUCUCCAACAACAAAAGACUUUCUGAAGAUUUUUGAGUUUAUUGUGAAACACAUCGAAUUCAAAUAUAAGCUUCCAGAGAAAUUCGAUGAAGAAGUCCCCCGCUACUUCCGUUCUCUCGGCUAUCCUUUCCUCAUCAGCAAGAGUUCGAUGUUUGCAAUUGGCAGUCCUCACACCUGGCCGACCCUUUUAUCUGCCCUUGUCUGGUUAACAGAACUUAUCAAGACUGGUUUGCUGUUGAAUGAAGAAACCGAUAGCAUCAUCUUUCAACAAGAAGAUUUUGAUAACUCAUCUGAUACUAUGCUGAUAUUUAAACACUUUGUUGAUUCCUACAAUCUUUUCCUGAAAGGAUCAGAUUUUGAUGCUCUGGACCAGAUGCUCCAUGAUACCUUCAAAAACAAAUACUUUACAAAUGAAAGUCAACUUCAGAAACUGGCACAGGAGAGCGAAAUUUUGCGUAAGAAGCUACAGGAAUGUGAAUGUAUUGAGGACAAUAUGGAAGAUAUGCGAGAAAGUAAGACCAUGCAAGAACAAGACCUCACUCGUUUGACUAAUUAUCUGACUGAACUGCACAGCUUUAAGGAGAAACUGGACAAAACUGUGGAAGAGGAAAUGAAAGAUUCAGAAUUACUCGAGGUAGAGAGUGAAUCCCUGAAGGAACAGAUAAAGUCCCUGCAGGUGAUCUUUGAUAACCAAGAGUACAGCCCCGUGGACGUGGAACGGAUGAAGAAGGAGGAAGAACAGUUGGAAAGUCAGUUGGAAACGUUGGAGAAGGAAGAUGCUGAAUUAAGCCAAGAAAUUUGGAACAAAGAGCUUGAAAUUGGUAAAAUUCAAGAAAAGUUAAAUGAGAAAUCUAAACAAUACAACAGACUGGCCCAAAAGUUGCAGUUGAUACCAGUAACUGCAGAAAAUGCUGGUGGCUUAGAUUUUGAAAUGAAACCAGGCUUUCUCUUUGACAACACUCAGGAACAAUUCACAGAUCAUAAGAUGCAUAUAUGGGCAGUGAAGGAAAAGAUCACUGAAGCACUGCACUCCUCCAACGCCGAGAAGAGGCGUUACUUGGAUAUAAACGAACGGGAGAAUGACCAGUGUAAUGAGAAAGAGGCCCAUAUUGUCAGGCUGAAGACCAACCUGGAACGACUGAAGAAAGACUACAAAUGUGACAAGCAAUUACAUGAACAAUGUAUUGAGAUCAAACAGCAACUUUGUGACAAAGUUUAUGAGGAACUGAACGGGAACAAGAAAGCCUUAGAAAUUUGCACAUUGGAGUCGGACCUACUUCGUGGGGAUCUGGAGAAAAUUAAGGAGCAAGCAGCCCAAGAAAUGGAAGCACAUAGUAAAAAAGAGAAAGCUAGUCUGGAAUUCCUGCAGAAAGUCAUUAAUCAAGUGGCUGAACAUAAAUCCAGGAUUAAGAAUAACCUGGAAACAGUCAGUUCUGAGAUAAAAAGCCACAAAGAAAAAGCACUGGAAACCAUCUAUACUGCCCAAUAUAGUUGAGUGUUAAAUAUACAUGCAUAUACACAUACAUACAUACACACACACACACACACACACAUAUACAUAUAUAUAUGCACACACAUUCCACUGUGGUUCAUUAUAUUGCUUUAUUAAAACUUUCCAAGAUCUUACAGAAUUGGUGAGUGCAUGUAUGACUGUUUUUUAACCUAGCCCCAGUCAACCCUGCUUGUAUAGCUCUAUGCCCUUCCACACAAACACACACACAUGUCAGGGACUAACUGAAUUAUCCUUCUUGUUUUUUAAGAUGGUAGGGUAUGAUUUGAUGGGAGUUUGGCUGUUCAUUUUUUAGCAGAUUGAAUGAACACCUCAUCUAGUCAUUACCCUACUCGUUAUUUUUUCUGCUAAACUGACACAUCUAAUUCACAGAGUAAUAUUUGAUGUGCAUAUAUGUUAAUAUGUAUAUAUGCAUGUAUGUAUAGGUAUAUAAACACACACAAGUUGAUAUGUAUUGCUUGUAUUCUGUGUAUAUUUUACACACAUUCUGUGGGUGUGGGUGUGUGUGUACAUAUAUGAAGCAAUUAUUGCAUAUGUAAGUUACUUGGCCUGUAUUGUGAUAUUUGAUUCAAUUUAUGUGUGUUUAUGUGAAUGUGUAUAUAACUGUUCUAUGGAUGACAAGUUCACAAGAAGUUAUGUCUGACCACUUAAAAUAUAGGACACUAAGAUAAAUGUGAAAGUGAAUAAAAUAUUUAAUCCAUAAUCAUUAGUCCACAAAAAUAUAUUUUAUCAGACUAACAAUUAUAGAUUAAGUAUUUGAAAUAUAUGUAUUGGGUCAUCCCAUAAAUAAUGCAGUUUUUUAAAACUUUUUUUCUUUUUCAAAAUUAAGAUAAACAAAGUUCCUUUUUAAUGUAAAAUAUACUCUCCUUCAUUUUCUACAAUGUUCUUCCAUCUAUCUGGUAGACUUGCAAGGCCCCUCUUCCAAAAUUCACUUUUCCGUGACAGAAAAUACUCCUCCAGUACUGUUCUGACCUUGUCUACAGAAUUCAUAUUUUUUCCAUCAAAAUGAUUUCGAAGACUGCAACAUAAAUGAUAAUCAGAUGGGGCAAUGUCCGACAAAUAAGGUGGGUGGGGCAUCAUUUCCCAUUUAAACUGCUCCAGCCUUUUGAAUGUCAUCCUUACUGUAUGUGACCGAGCAUUAUCCUGAUGGAAGAACACCUUUCGUCUUGAAACCAAAGAUGGUUUUCUUCUAGCGCUGACUUAAGCUGCUCGCUGUAGAUCUCCUUUGUUAUUGUUUGGUUUGAGUUUAAAAUUUCAAAGUGGACUAAACCUUUCAUAUCCCACCAAACAGAUAGCAACACCUUACAUGGAUGAAGACCUCCUUUAGCCUGGAGUGCCGGUAUUUAUCCUUUACCUAUCCACUGUCUUUGGCGCUUGACAUUUUUAUAGAGAACCUAUUUCUUGCCACCAGUCACUGUUCGGUCCAAAAAAGGUUCAUUUGUGAGACCUGACAGCAAAGAAUUGCACACAUUCACUCCCUGUGCACGAUUAGACUCGGAAAAUUUGUGAGUAACCUAUUGACCCAAUUUGCUGAAUUUUCCGAUGGCAUACAGGUGUCGAUGAAUGAUUGAAUGACCAAAUUCAAGCUUCUCUGCUAGUUCCUCAACUGUUACGAUAGGAUUUUGUUCCAUUAGGGUUUGCAGGAAGUCUUCGUCAAGCUCUACAGAUCUUCCAGGACAUGGCUCAUCUUCUAGGCUGUAGUUACCGGCUUAGAAUUUCUGGAACCGCCGUUGAUACUGGCUUACGCUUAUUGUCCAAUCCCCAUAUACUGCAUUAAUAUUCCUUGCAAUUUCUGUUGCGUUGUUGCCUUUCAUCAUCAUCAUCAUCGUUUAACGUCCGCUUUCCAUGCUAGCAUGGGUUGGACGAUUUGACUGAGGACUGGUGAACCAGAUGGCUACACCAGGCUCCAAUCUGAUUUGGCAGAGUUUCUACAGCUGGAUGCCCUUCCUAACACCAACCACUCCGAGAAUGUAGUGGGUGUUUUUACUGCACAGGAGCCAGUCCAACGGCACUGGCAACGAUCUCGCUCGAAUGUCUUUACACGUGCCACCGUCACAGGUGCCAGGAAGGUGACGCUGGGCACAGGUGCUGUCACGAUUUCACUUACUCCAACAGGUCUUUGCAAGACAAGUUUAGUGUCCAAUGAAGGAGACGACGUUGGCUAUCCUCAUCCAUUCUCGCCACAACCAUACCAACACAAUCGUCUCUCUUGCACACCACAUCUGAUGCUUCUUAGGUUCAACUUUUCUCUCAAGAUACUUACACUCUGUCUAGUAUGGACACUGACAUUACACAUCCAUCGGAGCUUACUGGCUUCAUUCCUUGCGAGCUUACGCAUGUCCUCAGCAGUCACGGCCCAUGUUUCACUGCCAUGUAGCAUGGCUGUUCAUACACUUGCGUCAUACAGUCUGCCUUUUACUCUGAGUGAGAGGCCCCUUGUCACCAGCAGAGGUAAGAGCUCUCUGAACUUUGCCCAGGCUAUUCUAAUUCUAGCAGCUACACUUUCAGCGCACCCUCCUCCACUACUAACUUGGUCACCUAUCAACUAGGUCUAGUUUUUCUCCAUGGAAUGUAGCCAAAGUUGUUUUCUGCACAUUUUCAGUGUUUAUUGCUCCUGAACAUCUGCCACAUAUAAAAACUAACUUCCUGGUUAACCUUCCUUUGAUAUUGCUGCACCUCUUAUGUGUCCAUAGCUUGCACUGGGUACAUCUUAUAGAGUUUCUACCUAUGCCUUUUCUACAGAUCGAGCCGGGCCAUCUACCUGAAGGGGUUUGUGUUUUGUCUACCUUCCUACUUAUUAGGACUUUGGUUUUAGCUAGGUUAUUGAACAAAAAGCAAAAUAUGCCAAAUAUGCUACUUUGUCACUUCCAUUACAGCUUUGAAGAAAUAACUGUUAAAAUCGAACUGCACUCUUCAAGACUUACACUAAAAAUAAGAACAAGUUGAAAUUACUACCUGCUUUUAUAGCAAAUUGAUGCAAGUAGUUUAUCCCAUCCCCCUCCAGUUUUUAGUUCAUGCAACUGAAAAACCGCAUUAUUUUGGGGAUGACCCAAUAUAUGUUUAUAUAAACUAGCACAAGUACCCAGCAUUGCCUGGGUUGAAGAUAAUAAUGGGAUUUCAUUAAAAAAUUUGAUAUACCAAGUUUUUUCUUAAUAAUUAAUUGAUGCAUUAAAAAAAUUAAUCAUUAAAAUGGUUUUUUUUUUGGCUUCAUAUAUUUUAUUCCUUCUUCCUCUUCACCCUCUCAUCAAUUAAUCCACCCUUUUUUCUCUCUUUUUUCCAUUUAUCAUACACUUUAUUCACAAUUUAUCUUUUCUCCCUGACAUUAAUCCUUUUCUCUCUACAACACACACACAAACAUAACUUCUUUCAUCUCUCAUACUCUCCUCAUCUAUCUAUCCUCCUUCCCUCAUUCAUUGCUUCAUGUUUGUUUCUCUCAUUCUGUCUAUCUUUCUUCUCCCUCAUCUGGUCCCACUUUUUAUAUGUGUAUGUAUUCAAAGCUUUUUAUUUGUAAUAAGGCAACUAUUGAAAAUAAAUUAUCAUCAUCAUCAUUA